UUCCCUCGUCGGGAAAAACCGGCCGUUGGAGCAUUUUUCCUCACUGUGCUGCAUCUGGUAGUAGUAUCCGUCAGCGGCCAUAUGUAAUUUAACCUCAUUCAUUCAUCUUUAGACGCACUUUGCUUGUUUUUGUUUACACCAAACUAAGGUUUUUAGGGUGGAAAGCUGCGUGUUUCUCUCCGCUCCGUCAUUCCUUUGGACGUUUAUCAGUUUAUGCCUCGGUGACUGUCCGUUGCAGGCUGGGUGGUGACAGCACAGUACAAUGAUCGAGCGACCAGAGACUGCGGUUCCCAGCAUCGCUCAGCGGAACCUGGAGGGCUAUGUGGGCUUCGCUAAUCUCCCCAACCAGGUGUAUCGGAAGUCGGUCAAAAGAGGGUUUGAGUUUACAUUAAUGGUUGUAGGUGAAUCUGGUCUCGGGAAAUCGACGCUCAUCAACUCUCUGUUCCUGACUGACCUGUACUCCAAGGACUACCCUGGGCCCUCCCUCCGCAUCAAGAAGACUGUGCAGGUGGAGCAGUCCAAAGUGCUGAUUAAGGAAGGAGGGGUCCAACUGACACUCACCAUUGUUGAUACACCAGGGUUUGGAGAUGCAGUGGACAACAGUAAUUGUUGGCAGCCUGUCAUAAACUACAUUGACAGUAAGUGCGAGGACUUCCUGAAUGCAGAGUCGAGGGUGAACCGCAGAUCCAUGCCAGACAACAGAGUCCACUGCUGCCUAUACUUUAUCGCGCCCUCUGGACAUGGUCUGAAGCCGCUGGACAUCGAGUUCAUGAAGAGACUCCAUGACAAAGUCAACGUCAUCCCUCUUAUUGCAAAAGCCGACACUCUGACCCCCGAGGAGUGCCAGCUUUUUAAAAAACAGAUAAUGAAAGAGAUACAGGAGCACAAAAUCAAAAUAUAUGAAUUCCCAGACACAGAGGAUGACGAGGACAACAAGCUCAUCCGAAAGAUCAAGGAGAAGAUGCCACUGGCGGUGGUCGGCAGCAAUGUGGUAAUCGAGGUGAACGGCAAGAAGGUCAGAGGUCGCCAGUACCCAUGGGGCGUGGCAGAAGAGGGCAUUUUUGUGGAGAAUGGGGAACACUGCGACUUCACUGUGCUACGCAACAUGCUGAUCAGGACCCAUAUGCAGGAUCUAAAGGACGUCACCAACAAUGUCCACUACGAGAAUUACCGCAGUAAGAAACUCGCUGCCGUCACCUGUAAUGGAGUGGACACUUCCAAGACCAAGGGACAGCUCACUAACAGGAGUCCCCUGGCACAGAUGGAGGAGGAGCGCAGAGAGCACGUCAUGAAAAUGAAGAAAAUGGAGGCUGAAAUGGAGCAGGUGUUUGAAAUGAAGGUUAAGGAGAAGAAGCAGAAACUGAAGGACUCAGAGGCUGAGCUGGAGCGACGUCACGAACAGAUGAAAAGGAACUUGGAGGCGCAAUACAAAGAGCUCGAGGAGAAGAGACGAGUGUUUGAGGAUGAGAAGGCCAACUGGGAGGCUCAGCAGAGAAUCCUCGAACAGCAGAAACUGGACGCCUCCAAGACGAUGGAAAAGAACAAGAAGAAAGGAAAAAUCUUUUGAAGAGAGACACGACCUGUUCCUUGAGUUUUACGCAAACUAAUUGUUUCUUCAUCCUUUCCGAACAUAAACAGAUAUAACAUUCAUUAAAUUCCACAACAUUCCUCUGUGUUAAAUUAACCACACACCACGCCAUUUACACACACACACACACACACACACACACACACACACACACACAUGCUGGUCUCUCUGCAGGGUUUCACUGUAUCUGGUGAAACCUUUUCUUUUCAUGGGGAAUGCAUGUUUUUGUGAAAUUCUAUUUUCCUAUAUUUCCUGACAAAGAGGAGAAGCCAGAGUUCCUCUGAGCUACAGUACGGAGUUAACACAUGGCAGGGACCAUGCAUAGCCAUUUGUACACAUGUAGUAGUUGUUUGUUCUCUAGCUAUUCCAUAGGUCUGCAGAUAGACGUAUUAUCCCUCUCCUCGACGCUCUUUCUUUUGUUGUUCUCAAAAAUGUAACAAAGUGUAUACACAUUACAACACUCAGUCAUAAAGACCUGACUGAGAGUGUGUUAGGAGUAGGGAAAGUGUAUGUGAGUGAAGGUAACUGAAUCAGGUGGCAGCUGAGGAGGGAGACGUCAGGUGGGAUAAAGGCCCAGUCACACCAGAAAGUGGCACAGCGAAGGGUCAUAUUUCAUGAGUCUGUGCAAAAUAUGUGGUUCUACCAGGUUGGUGACAUAGUAACUACUCGUAGGGCCAGUUAAACUGCUGUAACUGGCAAGCUAACCGCUAAUGCUAUUUAGUAGCUUUUUGAACUUUCCGUUUUCUAAGUACUGGGCCGUUUACUCCCAGCUCACGUUUCAUUCUCAGGAUUGUACAUCAUUUCAUUCAAUAAAGAGUUACUGAGGUGGAAAAACACUCUGAGAAGAAGCUUGCUAAGUGUUAGUUAGCAAACUCGUUAGCUCAGUCGAUGGUACAAAUACGGCUUUUGAAUAAGACAAUGAGGAUCGCUAACAGAACAUAUUUUCUCAUCCGUUUGAAAAACGUAUUUGUAACGUCGACUCCUGUCACAUAACUGUUUACAAACCAUUCCUCUUUUGUGGAGCACUUUGUACUCCGGCGGAGGAGAUUAAAUAAGAGUGGAUGGAGCAACACAGCUAAUAAGCUGCAAUAGCUUCCUCUGCUCUGUUCCCUCAGAGGUCAGCACUGUCAAGACGACUUGCUGUUGGGCGACAGCAUGAAUUCAGGCUUUAAAGUUCACCAGACUCUAUGUAAAAAAAUAUGCCCUCGCAACCCAAUACACUGAUCCAAAUUUUGCCUCUUUGAAUGUUGGUGUGACUGGGCCUUUAAACAGGAUUUACAGUGCAGUGGCAGGUGUGUUUUAUUAAAUGCUGUGUUUGAGGUCGUAGAUGCUGUCUGAUCUGAACCAGACAGAAGGAGAUAAGAAACCUUGUGUGUAACAGCAGCCAGGAUAUUAUCAUGGCAGUGUGUGUUUCCUAUUUAAAUAGAAGACAUUAUGCAAAAGCCUCAUUGGUGUCUACAACUUUACAGGUAACAGUGAUUACAGAUGUUUUUAUAUUGUGAUGUAAGUGAUGGAUGUUGUCAUAGAUCUGAACCCCGAUGUCCAGCUUUUUGUGAUACUUUCCCGUUGUGGAAAACCACAGGGACAGUUCAUCAAAAAGCUGAAAUAUUCCUUUAACCUUCCUUUCUUCCAGGACUCCCCAGAAAGACAAGUGUUUGGAGACGUUUGCCAAUUCAGCCAUAGCUUUGUCUCUGAAUUCACUUAGUCAUACAUAAAUAAAGGCUUCCACACAACAAAACAUAGCUCCUCUGCUAUUCUCUCAAACAGAACAUGUUAGGUCCAGGUCUGAGUCAGUUCCGAGUCAGAAAUCAGUGAGCUGUGACACAUUAAACCGUUAAUAUACCUUUCAGAGAGUUGUCAUGUUUUAUUUUCAUAUGAUGAUGAUAUUAAUACUAUAUGUAUGGUUAAAGAACGACUCCUUAAAUCCCAUGUAGUUUUCUUAAAUGACUCAUAGAUUAAUCUGUUAUUUUAAGUAUAGUUUUUCAGAAAGCCCGCAGUCUUCAUGAUCCAUUUAAAGCAAAAUGCUAAAGUGACAAACCUUACAUCUUCAGCACAUAAAAUAUCACCUGUAUGGAUUUGUUCAUGAUGGAAAUGCAUAUAUUGUGUACAUACUGGAGGCUGCUCAGUGGCCUUUUUUUGUUGAGUUUUUUUGUUUUUUUCCGGACUAUUAUAUACCAGGAAUAACAACAGAACUCAGAACAGAACCUAUUAUGUAAAACUUGUCUUAAGAAUCCAUGAAUACAUCUCCAUACAUUUUAUACACACACAUAUAUACUGUAUACAUCUAUGCCAAUGAGUAUACCUUCUCAGGACCGCUCUGUUAAGCUAUAUUUAAUCUUUAAGUCCAGAGAAAAGCAAUUUUGUGGUCCUACAAGUUAAAAGAAGUGACUGAAUGUUUCUCUGAAAUGCUUGUGAACCAGUCACCUUCCAGUAACACCAAGCUGAGAUAGACAAGAAGUUUAGGUGGAUUUUUCUUUUGUAAUAUUUUCUUUUUUUUUAUAUGUACACUGUUUUUCUGCUUCUCUUUGUUUUAUUAUGUGUUCUGUCUCUAACUGUACAUGGUUAAUAUUAAAGUUGACAAAGUUAUGGUUUAA